UGGGCGCUCUGACCAAAGCGGCGGUGACGGAGAUCUGCGAGCUGUGGACGAAGGCUACGCGGUGCUGCACAUGGAGAUCAGCCGGAGCCACCAGGAGAACCGGGACCUGAGGAAGAAGCUACACCUCAUCGAGUCCAUCGUGGUGCGGGGCCACGGCGCAGGGAAAACGGCCGAGCUGCCCGCCGCCGAAGAGGAGCGGCAGCCGGAGGAGGCCGGAGCAGGAGGCGCCGCUGCUCCUCCAGGAGGAGACGGAGGAGCCGCUGCUGUCCGCGAGGAGACGUCGUCUUCCGGAACAAGGGUGUCUUACACAGACAACAAUUUCCAUCAGGAUGUGAUGAUGAAUCCGUCUGAAAGGAUGCAGCAGUUUCCAGAUGUGGUGUUAAUUAAGGACGAGGACUCCGACAGUAAUGAUGCCUUUGAGGAAGGUGACCAGGCAACGGAUAACAGUGGUUUGGCUGGACCCAGAGAGGGCGCCACCUCGACUCACCUCAGUGGGACUAUGAAGAGAUGCUGGCCAGGGAAUGAAGAUGGAAUCUGUCAAGCUGAAAAUUCAUCCUCCUCAGAGCACCUGACGCGGACAAGUCCACCAUCCAAAAUGGUCAACGCAGGGACGCAGAAGAAGUCCGAUUCAGUUUACAAUCUGGACUCUGAUCGGAGUGAGCCGGGUUGUUCCGCUCAGCUCACCAACAACGAGAUGGAAACAGGCGAAACAGUUUGUUCGUAUUCUUCACAGAUAGACCCAGAUGUCCAGUUAGUCCACCAGGAGUGUUCGCUGGUUCCUCCAAUCUCCAGUGCAAACAGACAGGCAUACUUUGAAAGCAGUCUCGCUGAGUCGCAGUCUCCUCCCAACCGAGCAGACAUAGAUCUCGGCCUAACGUGGACCAAACAGCCGAAAGGCCAGAUGGCGUUCACUCAGUUUCAGCAGACAGAGAAUGUAGACGGAGACGCCUUUGGCCUCAAACUGGUCAGCAUCACAGGCUCCGCCUCCAAUGACUGUCAGGUGUCUGAAAACAGCAACUCUGCCUUUGAGUACGAAAAUGCCAACAUGAUGAACUUUGCUCUUUACAGGGACCAGUCAGGGCGGCCGCAGGUCUCCAACGGCCAGACAGUCGGAGUUGCCAAGGUUCGCCGCUUCAUAUGUUCCAUCUGCAACAAGACCUACGCCACGGCACAGAACCUGGAAGUGCACAUGCGGAUCCACACGGGUGAGCGGCCAUUCAGCUGCGACCAGUGUGGCAAGACGUUUACACAGUCGGCUCACCUCAAAUCACACCUGAGCGUGCACACAGGAGAGCGGCCAUACGUGUGCACCAUCUGCAGCAGAAGUUUCAUCGUCAAAUACAGCCUGAAAUUACAUAUGAACAAAUGCCACCCCAACACUUGAACAGGACGCCAACAACAUGCGAACACGCCAGUGGACCUCAGUCUGGAUGUACCGUUCUGUGUGGGGGGGUGGGGGGUGGGGUGUUAAUAGUUUUGACCAGGUAGAAAUUAAUUUAACUUUGCAGUUUUAAAAAAAAAAAAAACGAGAGAAAUGUUUUUCAGUCACACAUUUUUCAUUUUUGAAGGAAAAAGUUUUUUGAGUUAGUACUUCUUUUUCUAAGUUCAUUAUAAAGAUAAAAAUCAAUUUCUGAAUUUCAAAAACAAAUUCAAAGACCAAUGGAUGAGUUGAAGUAGAUCUAAUUCAUGUCUGCUGCUGGUUGCCUCAAGCAAUAAGUAUGAAUUGGAACAUUGUUUAUUCUGAAGAAGCAAAAAGACUGAAAACUUGGCUGUUUCGGGUGUAAUUCCAACAAACUGCCACAUGGUGGCGCUGUGGGUACCAGUUUCAAAUGAAAAUCUAAAAUUAUACUUUCCAUUAAUAAAUUAGACUAAAGAGGUGUUUGGGCAGCGGCCA